AUGGCUGAUCUCUAUUGGAUUGAACAGAGGGAGAAUGAACAUCUAAAAGCAUACUUACAGCGUUUCAUUGACCUCAUGCAUCAAAUCCACGACGUCGACCCACUCACCGCAGCAAAUCUCUUCGUCAAAAGCCUGCAGGUGGGAUCUCUCUUACAGGAGAAUCUCACCAUGACACCACCAUACGACAUGGCAGACGUGCAGACCCGAGUCGAGGGCAUCUUCAGGGUACUGGAAUUUCGAGAGCACGCACAGAAGAAGUCUGCACUCAUCUCUGCUCCGCCAACAAAUAAUCCUCCACCACCUGCCAGGGAUGACAAGAGGAAGCGGAACCAAACAGAUCAUACGAAGGAAGGAAAAAGGCCAAGACAGGAUCAACAGCCAUCACGAUACCCAUCCUUCGAAUACACCGUCCUGCAAGAAGUCAUUUAUGAAGAAAAUAAAGACAGACCUAUCUGGCGAGAGCCCUACAAAAAUACCACUCCAUCUGACAGAAGGGAUAAAAACAGAUACUGUCUCUUCCACAAAGAUCACGGUCAUAUGAUCGCUGAAUGCCACAAUUUGAACAAUCAGAUCCAAGCCCUCAUGAGGAGUGGAAGGCUUACCCAAUACAUCAAGGAGACGGGCAGACCAGGCACCUCGCGGCAGAACCCCGCUUCUGCCCCCGCUCCACAGGCGUCAGACCCCGUGCACAUAGCCUCUGACAGCACCCAGGAGACUCUUAAGCAAGUCCCUAUGAUCCACGGGAUCGUAGAACCCACUGAUAAUCAAGAGCAUACAACCAAAAUCGAUAAAAGGAUGGAAGAAUGA